AUGAAGAACGCAGUAGUUAUUUUAGGUGGUGCUUUCAAUCCAGUACAUACACAACAUAUAGCUUUGCUUUGUCUUGCCAAACAAGAACUUGAAGUUAAUGGUCAAUGGAAUAUCAUAGGUGGUUAUUUAGCUGUUGCAACGGAUGGUUAUGUAUGUCAUAAAUUACAUUCACGAAAUGAACGUACAAUUAAAUUAAAACAUCGUCUAGCACUUGCUCAUGAAGCAAUCAAAGAUAUACCAUGGCUAAUAAAUAGUCCAUUUCAAGAGGAAAUGUUAAAAAAACAUGAUGGUUCAGCAUUUUCACUUGGUCAGCGUUUAAAAAGUCUAUUGAAAAACGAUAAUAUUCAAAUUUUAAUUCUUGUCGGUGGUGAUCGAAUGAUAAAAAAAGGCGUUCCAAUUUGGCGAAAAUCAUCGAAUAAAACACCUAUUAUUCGUGUUGGUAUUGAACGAACAAUGAAUAAUAAUGAUAAUAAUUUAUUUGAACUUUGGCAAAAAGAUCUGAAUGAAAAUCUUAUUCCUAAUCCAGAAGAAUUUAUUCUAUUAAAUACACCCAUACGAUCUGUUAGUUCAUCACUUGUUCGAGUUUAUCUUAAUCAAUGGUUUAAUGCAAAAGAAGAUUCACAAAAACAAUUCGAAAUAGAGAAUGAUUUAAUAAAUAUAAAUUCUUUUCUUCACUCAUCUGUUAUAAAUUAUAUAAAAAAAUAUCAAGAUGAUUUAUAUAUCGAUAUUUAA